AUGAAGGUUUUGUCAGCCUCUUCCCUUCUUGUUUUGUCAGCUAAGGGAUACACUGGUGACAAAGAGAAUUUGGGAAAAUACGAACAGGUAUAUUUCAGGGCUAAGGUUAUCUUUGGAUUGAAUGCUCUUGCUGGAAGAACAUUACAAUCUGGUUCUGCAGUUGGACCAUGGAACUCUUCCAAUGCCGAAUCUUUUAUCUGUUAUACUGUAAGAAAGAAUUACAGCAUUGCUGGUUGGGAAUUUGGCAAUGAAUUGUGCGGGAGUGGAGUUGGAGCAAAUGUUUCUGCAGAUCAAUAUGCUUCUGAUAUUGCUGCAUUAAGAAACAUAUUUCAUGAUGUAUAUAGAGGGAUCAGGCAUAAGCCACUGAUCAUUGCUCCCGGUGGCUUCUAUGAUGCAAACUGGUUCCAGGAAUUUAUAAACAAAUCUGGUAAAUCUGUUGAUGUGGUAUCUCACCACAUAUAUAACCUUGGAGCAGGAGUUGAUGAGCACCUAAUUGAAAGAAUUCUUGAUCCAUCAUAUCUUGAUGGAGUGGCUAGCACAUUCAGUGGCCUCAAAAACAUACUUCAAAAAUCAGCAACCAAAGCAAAAGCAUGGGUUGGUGAGGCAGGAGGGACUUACAACAAUGGCCACCAUCUUGUGUCUGAUGCAUUUGUCUACAGCUUCUGGUAUUUGGAUCAGCUUGGAAUGUCAACAGUUUAUGACACCAGAACAUACUGCAGACAGAGUGUGGUUGGAGAAAACUAUGAUUUACUAAACACUUCUACUUUUAUGCCAAAUCCAGAUUAUUAUAGUUGCUUGCCAGAUCCGCAAGAUCCGCAAUUGGAUUCAAGUAGGAUAGUCUUUUAAAGCUUACUGACACUCGUGCUUCUAACAAUAAGAUGACACUGAUGCACUAUCUUUGCAAGGUUCUAGCUGAUAGGUCACCUGGACUGCUUGACUUCCACUUAGACCUUGUAAGCCUGGAAGCUGCGACUAAGGAUAAUAUUGAGGAUGAUGAUAAUGAAGAUUAAGUUGAUUAUUAUUGUGAUUUAUUG